AAAGAAAACAGAUAAUUCUAGUUGUCUGUUGUCUCUGUAAAAGUUCCCAUUUUUUUUUCUUUUCCACUUCCAAUUCCCAAAAUCUAUCGAUAAUUCUUGAUUUGGUUUAUCAGUUCAAUAAUUAAAGGCCUUAAUUUUGAGAAGAAAAUGACUGAUGCAAAUGCCCAUAAGGUGACUGAUGUUUUGCCUGAACCAACUCCACCUCCGGCAGCCGGAAAUGGAGAGAGACAGGUACCGGAAAUCAGCACCGGUGUCUCCGAAAUCGUGAGGAGAUGGAAGAGAGAAGAUUUAGUGAAAAGGGGUGGUUUAAUUUUGCAUGGACUUGCUUUGGUUUUCUCAUUGAUUGCUUUCAUUGUUAUGGCUAGUAAUACUCAUGGUGAUUGGAAAGAUUUUGAUAAAUAUGAAGAAUACAGGUAUGUGUUGGCUAUUGCAAUUCUGUCUACAAUAUAUACAGGAUUUCAAGUUCUGAGGCAAAUUCAAGAACUUUCAACUGGCAAGGAAUCUUUUUCACGGCGGAGAUUAGCUUUAAUUGGCUUCGUUGGUGAUCAGGUAGUAGCAUACUUCUUAUUAUCAGCUGCAUCAUCUGCUGUGCCGCUGACAAAUAGGAUGAGAGAAAACAAUGACAACAUAUUCACAGAUUCUUCAGUAGCAGCAAUUAGCAUGGAGUUCUUGGCAUUCUUUGCUCUGGCAGUCUCAGCUCUCAUUUCUGGACAUAAGCUUUCAAAUAAAUCCUACAUUUGAUCACAUCUUUAAGAUAUUCCAAGUCUGAUAAUUCUUUGAUCAACUUCAUUCUGCCAAUGUACAUUUGUUACUAAUUCUGUGUCUGUUUUGAUCAUGUACA